AUCGAGGAUGCUGUGCCCGGUGUGUGUGGCGACGCUGCGGAGUUGGUGGCGGCUGGCGGUGAUUCCGCUGCGAUUGAGGAUGCUGUGCCCGGUGUGUGUGGCGACACUGCGGAGUUGGUGGCAGCUGGCGGUGAUUCCGCUGCGAUUGAGGAUGCUUUGCGCUCUGGGGAACCUGGUUUAGGUUUUGUGUAUUGUUGUGAAGUGGGGUGCUUGAACUCUUGUUUUAAGGAGGAAGCGAUUCGUGAAGAGGCUCUAUUUUGUGCUGAAGAGUUGCUUCAAAGUGAGGAGGAUGAACGAUGUCUUAUUGCUGAGGAUGAGCGUUCGUUGUGGAAAAGGUUAAAGCGACAUUCUGCGGUUCCUGUUGUUGCUGUGACGACUUCAGGUUGCCGUGGCGAUAGUGGUUUGAACUCGAUGCGUUCAGUCCGGGUGCGGGAUUUUGCGCUUGAGCGUUGGGUGGUGAGGAACCGUUGA